GUCGGGGGUGCGGAAGGGCGCGUUCCAGCCGCCGAGAUGCACUCACUCGCUCAUUCGCGCCAGCCUCGCGCAGUGCUCCUCCGCAGCUUCCAGUGCAUUUAGCGGAUUGUUUUCUUGGUCUUCUUUACGGGUCAGAAAAAUACAAUACGUGGACAUGCCAUCGCUGGACGACCGGAUUGUGGUUAACCAACUGAACGAACACAUCAACUGCACCACCCUCCAUAUUGAAUACAGGAAAGCCCUUGGCGAAAACUACCAAACACUGUGCCCGGCUGACUUUGACGGCGUGUCAUGCUGGCCGCCCACAUGGCCAGGAAAUGAAUCAACGCACUUGUGCCCGCAGUAUUUCAAGCAGGUCAACGUAAGUCGCAAGUGCACAGCAGCGGGCGUUUGGGAGCCGCUGCAAAACUGGACUUACUCGGCGUGUGGCUUACUGCAGAAUCAUGUAGAGGCUCUGAAGCACUUGUACGGCAUGUUGCGAGCUCCUGGAGCUGGUGCGCCCGCCAAAUGGUACCUGCACCAGCGCCACGCCGAGUGCCUCGACCGGAUCUACAAGGCUCAGCCGCCGGCAUUUGUGCGACAAGGCGAAUUCAGCAGUGUUUGCCCGAUGACGUUCGACGGAUGGUCUUGCUGGGACUACACCCUGCCAGGAAUCACGGCCGUCUCAACUUGCCCUAAGUACAUUACGGGCUUCGACUCCACGAGAUUCGCCUUGCGAAAGUGUACAGAGAAUGGCACAUGGUUCCGACACCCCGACACUGGCAAUCCUUGGUCUAAUUAUACCACCUGUGUCGACGUGGAAGACCUACAGUUCAGACAACUAGUCAACACUCUCUACAUCUCAGGAUACUCAAUUUCUUUCGUCGCCCUCGUCCUUUCGUUGCUCCUCUUCACUUGCUUCAAGACACUCAAGUGCACGCGGAUCGCCAUCCACGUGCAGCUCUUCACGUCGUUCGCCCUGAACAAUCUCAUGUGGAUAGUGUGGUAUUAUUUCGUGGUGGGAGACCUCGGCACCGUCGAGAAAAACAGCCUUUGGUGUCAGGGUCUGCACAUCCUGCUACAGUACCUGAUGGUCUCUAACUACGCGUGGAUGUUCUGCGAGGGCAUGCACCUGCACUUGGCGCUGGUGGUCGUUUUCGUCAAAGAUGACGUCGUCAUGCGGUGGUUCUACGCGGUUGGCUGGGUACUUCCUGCCCUGCUGGCCACCGUCUACGCCCUGGUGCGUGCCUACGGCGUCGAAGAAACGGAGAGGUGCUGGAUGGAAGACAGCCACAGCACUUGGCUGCUGACAGCACCGGUGCUGCUGUCCAUGCUGGCCAACCUUUUCUUCCUGAUCAACGUAGUGCGUGUGCUGCUGACCAAGCUGCACCCUCGGUCUUCCAACCCCGCGCCGAGGGGCAUGCGCAAGGCGGUCAGAGCCACCCUGAUCCUGAUGCCGCUGUUCGGCAUCCACCACAUUCUCAUUCCCUUCAGACCUGAGCCCAGGGCAGCUGGCGAGACGCUCUACCAGAUUUUCAGCGCCUUCGUCGUAUCUCUGCAGGGCUUUUGCGUCGCUUGUUUGUUCUGCUUCGCCAACGUGGAUGUGCACUCGGCCAUCAGGGCGUACAUCAGGCACCUGCGUCGCCUCAGGGCAAACCCGUACGCGCCCUCGACCGCCCCGAGCAACACCAACACCCGAGAGGCGUGCAUGGGCAUUUGAUUGUCGGCCCGGCGCGCCACCUCGCUCCGUCAAGCACCCUUUGCAGAGCCGAUUGGCGUAAGGACGGUGCAGAAACUCGCCUCCUCCAAGGUUUGAAAUGCUCAUCGUUUGGUGAGAGAAGAGAGAGAACGCCAUUCCUGCCACGCAUUUAAUUUUGUGUGCAUUCACACCACCGAGUGAAUUUCCAUUGUGAUCAGGUAGUUUAAUUUGUAGCAACGGGGAAUUUCAAUACGCUUAAUAACCGUUGUUGUGUUAAUUGGAAAGUGCGGAAAAGUGUGUGUUGAUGUUACAAACGUUAUUGCUGUUGAAGAAUGUCUCUUGACUGUGCAUUUAUCUCGUCGCCUGUGUCGUUGUCAGAACGCGGCAAUAUUAACUCCUUAUUAAGAAUUAAAAUGCUGCUGGUGCGGCAGAAAAACUGUCCUAUAUGCUGUGGAAGGCUGCUGGUGCUCAUUGCUCGCAUAUUUGCUCGCCAUUCCAGAUCACGUGCAUGCAUUUAAUUAUUGUGUAAUUAAUGGUCCAUUCAUCUGUGAAUUUGUGUCAGCUUCUGAAUUCUACGUUUUAUUGUUUCAUAUAUGAUCCAAUAAAAAUUUUAA